CAGCGGGAACUGUACAGGGAUGUGAUGUUAGAGAACUACGGACACCUGCUCUUCUUGGGUCUUAUUGUGUCAAAGCCAGGCCUGGUCAUCUUUCUGGAACAAAAGAAGGACGUCUGGGAUGUGAGGAGAAAGGAGACAGAAGCCUCAUGUCCAGCUAUAUUUUCACUCGGCACCCAGACAUUCCUGCCAAAGUCAUGCACAGAAGUUUCUUUCCAAAAUGUGUCCAUGAGUAGAUAUAAACAUAGUGUCCUUGAGAAUGGACACUUAAUGACAGACUGGAACAAGGAUGGGGAGAGUGAAGACCAUCAAAGACAUCCGGGGACUCCCAUUCCAGAGAAUGAUUAUGAAUGUAAUAAAAAUGGGGAGGUCUUUGAUCAAAACACCAAUCUUAUUACACACAAGACUAUCCCUAAGGGAGAGAAUCCUUACAAAUAUAACAAAUGUGGGAAAACUCUUAACCAGUCCUCCCAUGUUGGUGAUCAUCAGAGGACUCAUGUGGGAAAAAACCAUAACCUAUGUAAUAAACCUGGGAACGUGUUUGGUGAAUCAUCAAAACUAAAUACACAGAAGACAAUCAGUACUAGAAAGAAAAGGUAUAUAGGUGAUGAGUGUGUCAAAGCCUUUGACCACCAGCAAUUGCAUACUGGACAGAAACCUUACCAAUAUCAAGAAUGUGGCCAGGCCUUUAACCAGCCCUCAGACCUUACUCAAUAUCUCCGAAUCCACACUGGAGAGAAACCUUACCAAUGUAAAGAAUGUGGCAAGGCCUUUAACAAACACUCAAUCUUUUCUCGACAUUAUAGAAUUCAUACUAGAGAGAAACAUUGCCAAUGUAAAGAAUGUGGUAAGGUCUUUACCCGGCACUCAGACCUUACCAAACAUCACCGAACCCAUUCUGAGGAGAAGCCUUUCGAAUGUAAAAAAUGUGGCAAAGCCUUUAAGUGGUCCUCAGCCCUUAAACAACAUCAUCGAAUCCAUACUGGAGAGAAACCUUACCAAUGUCAAGAAUGUGGCAAGCUCUUUACCCAGCUCUCACACCUUACCAAACAUCAUCGAAUCCAUACUGGAGACAAACCUUACCAAUGUAAAGAAUGUGGCAAGGUGUUUAACAAGCACGCAUUCUUUACUCGCCACCACAAAAUCCAUACUGGAGAGAAACCUUACCAAUGUCAAGAAUGUGACAAGGCCUUUAUCCAUCCCUCAGGCCUUAUUAAACAUCACAGAACUCAUGCUGGAGAGAAACCUUAUCAAUGUCAAAAAUGUGGCAAGGCCUUCAAAAAGCAUUCUACCCUUAUUCGACAUCACAGGAUUCAUACUGGACAGAAAAGUUACAAAUGUCACGAAUGUGGCAAGGUCUUUGCCAGUACCUCAGGCCCUAGUAGACAUCACAGAAUUCAUACUGGAGAGAAGCCUUACCAAUGCCAAGAAUGUGGCAAGGCCUUUCAUUGGCCCUCAGAACUUAUUCGACAUCAGAUAAUCCAUACUGGAGAGAAACCUUACCAAUGUAAAGAAUGUGGCAAGUCCUUUAACAUGCACUCAAUCCUUACACGACAUCACAGAAUCCAUACUGGAGAGAAACGUUACCAAUGUAAAGAAUGUGGAAAGGCCUUUACUCAGCCCGCAGACCUUACAAGACAUCACAGAAUCCAUACACAGGAGAAACCUUACGAAUGUAAAGAAUGUGGUAAGGCCUUUACCCAGCCCACAGACCUUACCAGACAUCACAGAAUCCAUACUCGGGAGAAACCUUACCAAUGUCAAGAAUGUGGCAAGGCCUUUACCGAUCGUUCAAGCCUUACUGAACAUUACAGAAUCCAUACUGGAGAGAAACCUUACCAAUGUAAGCAAUGUGGCAAGGCCUUUGCCCAUGCCUCAGGCCUUACCCAACAUCAGAGAACCCAUACUGGGGAGAAACCUUACCAAUGUCAAGAAUGUGGUAAGGUCUUUACCCAAACCUCAAACCUUACCAAACAUCACCGAAUCCAUACUGCAGAGAAACCUUACGAAUAUAAAAAGGGUGGGGUGGCCUUUAAACAGUACUCAGCUCAACAUCAGAGAAUUCAUUCUGGAGAGAAACCUUACAUGUCAACAAUGUCGUAAGCCCUUUAACAGGCUCUUAGCUAUUAAUCAAUAUCAGAUUAAUAAGUUGUGUUCACUAUCAGACGAGUAGAUAAUGUGUGUAUAUACAGUAUGUGCUGGCUAUAAUCAACAAUACUGUAUUGCCUUUUUGGAAGAUGUAAAGGGAAUAGAUCCUAAAACUUCUUAAAAUACCCACGAAAAUUAUAACUGAGAUGAUGGAUGUUAACUAGAUCUAUUAUAAAUACUUUGCAAUACAUACGUGUAUCAAAUCCUUAAGUUGUACACCUUAUUCUAAUAUCAUGUCACUCCUCUCUGUAAUCACGUGGGGGUAAAAACUUAAGCAGAUUUGUGGCUGUUCAUACAUGAGAAUAAAAAAAUGUGGGUGGUGACCCAAAAGAUA